UCGUUGCUGAGUACAAUAGGCCUAAUCUUGCUCAGUUGUUUAUUAGCCUAUUAUUAAAUUUCCUUGAGACUUCAUGCCAAAUUAUUCAGUAGCCAACAAAGUGAGAAAAGAACUUGAAUUUCAAGUUGAUUUACAAAUUAUAAUGAAAGUCUUCUUUGAUUGUAAGUAAAUGUAACCAUUGCAGAGAAGAGUGUGAUGGUUUCUUUAUAAGAAGCUUGUUUAUCCAUCAACCAUGAAGAGAUCGAAAAAUGAUCACAUUCGCUCCACCAUCAGCCGAUAUUUCAAACGUCGACAGUUCCAUGAAUCUGAAAUGCCCUCUAGAAAAGAUGGCCGUCGAGAACAGACAGUAACAGAGCUAUCUGUCCGUCGUCGUGCCAAGUCUCGGACAAGUGUAGAGAACACUCUGGCCCUCACCAGCAUAUCGGGGGAUGCCACAGCAUGUGACCAGCAGUUUACAAGAUUCAAGCAUUUCAUUCUUGGAGCAGCCAGCCCCCAUCAUCCAAAGCUCCAGCCACUCCUGCUACCGAUGUUUGUGCACACCUACCUCGAGAUGUUGUGCAACGGACAGAAGGUUCCAGCUCAGAAAUUCCACGAGAGACACGGAGAAAUGUUCACCGACGAGAAAAGUCAGUCGUUAACGAAACUGUUGAAGAAGCUGGAGACCAAGGCUGAGGUGAUGUCCAACAAAGAAGUCACAGAAUACAGGGAGCACAGGUUCUUGCUGAGCGUGGAGCCGGACACUAUGGACUAUCUGAUGCAUUUUCUCAAGACUGAUGACAGCAUGAUCAUGUUGCAGGUCUUCAACCAAUGUGUCAAAGUUAAUGUCACCAAGUCCGAGUCCAGCGGGCAGCUAGAGCUGCAGCCUUUCUCCGACAUGGACACAGAGACGACCUCUGUGGGCGACACGCCAACAGACGUCACCGUGAAGACGGAGGCUAGCCAGGGGGAGCAGCCGCAGCAGGAACAGAGUCUGGAGGAAGAGCUGAGCGCGGCCAUCUCGGCUGUGCGAGGAUUACCUCCCUGCCUGCCUUCUAUCUGUUUCUUCACGUUUCUCAACACCUACCAAGGCCUGUGUUCCUCCACCAUCUCCCCGGACAAGAAGAAGCUGAGCGGGUGUUUCGAGGACGCCAGCAUCUCCAUUUGGAACCUCGAGCCCGACGUGUUCCGCCGCGCGCCCGCAGACACGGACGUCAGUCGCAUCGUCUUAGGGGCGGACCACAUCCUGUUUAGCGAGGACGAGAUCAAGGAGAGGAUGAACAAAAGAAGUGGCCAGAGCACAGAGACGGCCAAGCUGGUGGGUCACCGAGGCCCCGUGUACAGAAGUCGCUUCCUGUACAACUCCAAUAGUCACCUGUUGUCCUGCUCCGAGGAUUCCUCUGUGAGGUUGUGGGACAUGGCCACCCAGAGCAACGUGUGCCUCUACAAAGGUCAUAGUUCAGCUGUCUGGGACGUCAGUGUCAGCUCAACAGACACGUGGUUUGCCAGCAGCUCCCACGACACGACGGCCAAACUGUGGACCACGGAGAGGACGUUCCCGCUGCGCUCCUACGUGGGGCACACCAUGGACGUAGAUUGCGUGGAGUUCCACCCCAACAACAGCUACCUGGCCUCUGGCUCGGGAGACAAGACCGUGCGCUUCUGGAGCCUCACGGAGGCCCGCUCUGUGCGUCUGCUACAAGGUCACCGGGGCUCGGUGCUGGCUCUGGCCUUCUCCCCCGACGGGAAGCUGUUGGCCUCGGCAGGUGAGGACCGCCGUCUGCGCGUGUGGGACCUGCGCACGGGCCGCGUCAUGAAGGAGCUGCGAGGUCACAGCGACACGGUCUAUGCCCUGGCCUUUGACGAGAAUAGCUCCGUGCUGGCGUCGGGUGGCGCCGACUGCUGUGUGCGUCUGUGGGACGUCAACAAAGCCACAGACACGCCUCAGGCAGAGGGUCACUCGUCCCCGGAGCUGCUGGGCGCGUUCCCCACCAAGUCGGCGCUCAUCUCCUACCUCAGCUUCUCCUCCUACAACGUUCUCCUGGUGGCCGGCGCCAGCUCGUGAGUCCGUCGUGGUCUCUAUGCCAGUCUGACCCAGUGCAGUGCUGAUUUUAAGCUAGUCUACCAAAGUCUGACAGACGCCACGCAGUGCUGAUUUACCCCAGUCUGAGUCGCUGACGCCGGGCAGUGCUGAUCUACGCUAGUCUGCUGACGCAGUGCAAUGCUGAUGUACGCCAGUCUGACGCAGUGUGGUUCUGAUCUACGCUAUUCUGCUGGCGCAGUGCAGUGCUGAUGUACGCCAGCCUUACUGCCGCCGUGUGUGGUGUUUGUCUAACCGUGUCUGACCAAGUUUUCAAUGUCAUGCGGUGUUGGUCUACACUAGUCUGACGGAAGCAAGGCGGUGCUUGUGUUUGCUAGUCUGGUGCGUGGCAUGUGGUUCCGGUCUAUGGCUAGUCUGACAGAUGCCUUGCGGAGCUGAUCUACCUAUGUCUGACAGAUGCUUUGUACUGAUAGUUAAGCUAGUUUGAUGGAUGCAAGACGGUGCUGAUCUUUGAUUGUCCAACGGGUGCCUUGCAUUAAGUUGCAUUGCUCGUCUACCCUAACGCUAUAGAUGUAUGAAGUUCUGGUUGAUGCGAGCGAGAUGGAAACAAGAUGAAGUUCAGACCAGCCUGACAAAUGCCACAAGGGGCUUGUCUAUCACAGCCUAUGUGAGCACAAUAGGCGCUACACCGUGUUUGCACGGUGCAGCCUCUCUAUAACGACCUUCGAUAUAACGACAUCCUCUGUAUAGCGACAUG